UCAAUCCUCUGCAAAUUCAAAAAUUCUUCUUUCUCUUUCCCUCUCCCACAAUCACCACUUAGAUCCAUGUCUCAGGAACCCUAACCCACCAAAAAUCCUUCCUUUUCUCUUUCUCCUCUCUCAAUUCAAACACUAAUGGCCCCACCUGGGCUUUGACUUCACGUUGGCUUUUCAUGGACUAGGAUUGCAAUUCCGGAACAGCUUCCGAGCAAUCUCCGUUGAAAUUCCAAUCACACUCCAAGAUCGUGGGUGAGAAGCGAGGAAGCACUCAUCUUGGAGAGAAACAACACAGCGCUCGAAAGCGCGUCAAGAUGAGAGAUCUCGAUUCCGUUGUUCACUCGGCGGAAACUAAUAGCAGUUGCUCGGAGUUUAAAAACGACAAAGAAAGCAAAAUUCAGUUAUCGUUUGAUGACACGGAUGCUCCUCAAGAAGAGAGAACGGGAAGGGACACGUUGCCGGAAGAGGUAAAUCGUAUUCCUAGGCCUUUGGAUCUUAACACCGAAGCUUGCAAAAGUGGUGGGUGUGGUGAGAAUUUCACAAAAAAAUUCACUUCUAAGAAGCAAGAAAAAAGACAACAUGGUAGUUUUGUUAACUUAAGAGGAAUUAAUUUGGAUCUGAAUGCAGAAGAUGUAAGUAGCUCUGUGAAUUUGGAACCGGCGAAUUCCACUAAAGGAAGUGAUGGUUUUAAGUCAAAGGAUGUGUCGGAGAGUGGAAGCUGUGUUGGACCUUCAGAAGAAAAAGAUCCCAUGAGAAUAUGGCAAAUGAUGAAGCAACGUGGUUUUAUGUCACCCUCUCUUGGAGGGGCUCCAAAACCUAAACGUGGGAGGAAAAGUAAGGAAGAAAUGCUAAAGAAAAAGAUGGAACUCGCGAAGAGAGAACAGGUUAACCGGUUCACAAAGAUUGCUGCUCCAAGUGGACUAUUGAAUGAGUUGAACCCAGGAAUUAUAAAUCAUGUGAGGAAUAGAAAACAGGUGCAUUCAAUUAUUGAGGCUCUUGUGAGGUCUGAAAAGCAUGAAAGUAGUAAGAGGGACCAAGAAUACGUGGCUGAAGUGGGUAAGCAUCAUCAUGGGGAGGGUACCCUUCAUAGCUCUUCAGGGAGUAGACAAGCGAGAAAGUGUCCUGUGACAACGAAUGACUCGUCGUCCUGGAUUUUGGAGGGUAAUGUUUGUGAUCGUGACAGAAGCAUUGUAGAGAAAGAUAGGCUUAAAAGUUGUGCAUCACAAUCAACCCUUGUCGUGGAAGAUGAUCUCUUGGCUCUUAAAUUGUCGUCUGAAACAAAGGCGUCAAUGAGUUCGACCGUUUUGUCAAAUGAGGAAUCAUCAAAUGUCACCAUGGUUUCAUCUCUUUCCCUAAAAGCUGCAACUGUUGCUUCCCAAUGGUUGGAGCUUCUACAUCAAGACAUCAAAGGACGCCUUUCAGCUUUGCGUCGUAGUAGGAGGAGAGUUCGAUCUGUGAUAAGUACAGAGUUGCCUUUCCUUUUAUCGAAGGAAUUUGCAAAUAACGAAGAGUCUGAUCCUUACAUUACCAAAGUGUUUGCGGGACUUCCAACAUGCAAAAUAGCAGAUUUGCAUCGGGCGAGAUGGACUGCUUUAUUUGAUCACAUGGAUAAAGCACUGUCAGAAGAGGAAAAACAACUUGAAAGUUGGUUGACUCAAGUAAAAGAAAAGCAACUGCUAUGUGAUCAGGGCCUGCAAAAUGUAAACUGGAGUACGGCUUUUGGUUUACAACAGCUGGGACAUUCCGAAAACAACUCCAGAGCAUUGGUAUUAGAUAGCUCAGAGAAAGAGUUAGCUGUUAAUGCAGCUGCUGCUUCCAUAUAUUCAACGUGUAAUUUUCUAUUAUCAGAGAGCUAAUUUAUAUUUGAUGAUGAGUUCAUGUUUAUUUAAUUAUGUUGAUCUUUUCUUCUUUUUAUCCUUAAUGACU